UUGGGAUGUAAUAGAUAUCGCUAUUGCGGGACAAAUUGGACAGCAAGUCGUGUGCGCUGAUCAUAUUAUCUCAAGAACUGCUUGAAUGUAAGGCACAGAGGGAUCAGUUCAAACUGAUGGGCGAACAGUUGCGGGAAAGGUAUGGUGUAAUCAAGAGGAAGAUGGAGGGACUCGGGCCCACACUUUCGGCCGUUUAUGAUUACGAGUACGAUAUGCCCAGAAGUAGCCAAUCGCCCGGUGAACCAUUGGCUCAGCUAUUGAUGACCCUUAAGGAGCAAAACAAACAUUUGAUCCGUGAAAUCGACGAUUUGAGAAUGAAGUUAGAGGACGCCGAAGGCUUUAAUACUUAA